ACAUCUGUUCUGWACGGAGAGAAGCGCUUCAGCUGCAUAUAGCGGCAUUUCAAGCUUCUCAGUUCAGCUUUUUAACAAUAACGUUUUAACAAUAACGUGUAACUGCUACAUGCAGUGUAUAUGUAAUUAAUUGUAUUUAUAUAUAGCUAAUUGUAUUUACAAUUUUAGAGGGUGUCUAUUUAGCAAGCURAAAUGACAACCAUGUUGAUGCUUUUGAUGGCGGUAUUGGUCGCAUCAAUUUUUGGCGAGUCCUCCGUUUAUUUCCGAGAAGAAUUUGAAGAUGGGGAUGCAUGGAAAAGCCGAUGGGUGGAAUCCAAACACAAGUCAGAUUAUGGGAAGUUUGUUCAUACUGCUGGGAAAUUCUAUGGUGAUGUAGAGAGAAACAAAGGUCUUCAAACCAGCCAGGAUGCUCGCUUUUACUCUGCAUCCUCCCGCUUUGAGUCCGUCAGCAACAAAGACCAGGCACUGGUAAUCCAGUUCACUGUGAAACAUGAACAGAACAUUGACUGUGGUGGAGGCUACAUCAAGCUGUUCCCAGCUGAUCUCAACCAGGAGGAAAUGCAUGGAGAUUCCACAUACAACAUCAUGUUUGGUCCUGACAUCUGUGGUCCGGGUACUAAGAAAGUUCAUGUGAUCUUCAACUACAAAGGCAAGAAUCACUUAAUCAACAAAGACAUAAGAUGCAAGGAUGAUGAAUAUACCCACCUGUACACACUGAUAGUCAAUCCGGAUAACACCUACGAGGUGAAAAUCGACAACAAGAAAGUUGAGUCUGGAAGCCUAGAGGAGGACUGGGACUUCCUUCCCUCCAAGAAGAUAAAGGACCCUGAUGCUGAGAAGCCAGACGACUGGGAUGAGAAGGAGAACAUUGAUGAUCCUGAAGACAAGAAACCGGAGGACUGGGAUGUUGCUGAGAACAUCCCUGACCCUGAUGCCAAGAAGCCUGAUGACUGGGAUGAUGAGAUGGAUGGUGAGUGGGAGCCUCCCAUGGUCACGAACCCGGACUAUAAGGGGGAGUGGAAACCCAAACAGAUUGACAAUCCUGCCUACAAGGGGAAAUGGGUGCACCCUGAAAUUGACAACCCAGAAUACACUGCUGACCCGGAAAUCUACCAAUAUGCCAGCAUGGGGGUGAUUGGAUUGGAUUUGUGGCAGGUGAAGUCGGGCACUAUUUUUGACAAUUUCCUCAUCACCAAUGACCCAAAACUUGCAGAAGAAGUUGGGAACGAGACAUGGGGUGCAACAAAGGACCCUGAAAAGAAGAUGAAGGACAGUAUGGAAGAAGAGGAGAGAAAGAAACGUGAGGCAGAAGAGGUGAAUAAAAAGGAGGAAGAUGAAGAUAAAGAGGAGAGGGAGGAGGAUGAGGAAGAAGACUACGAUSAGGAGGAAGAAGAGGAGGCAGAAACAGACUCUAAACUCAAGGAUGAGUUAUAAACUCAAACAGGAACUUCUGGAAAGGAACCCUGUCUACUAUGAGCUAUUGGCGCAAGGUUGGAGAUUGGACUUUAUUGGACGUUCUGUUCGUCAUUGAAGCUGCCCAUUUUAUGUUUUGGUGGGAAGCUAUUGUUUAAAUUAUAUGACAAGGGAAUGGGUACAAACUGAGUAAGGACAGCUUUGUCAAGGUUGGAGAUGUUAGAAAGAUUUUAUCUUUAGAUUUGAUGAGAUGAGCAUUUUCUGGCAGUGAUGUUAUGCCAGCAAUUGUUUUUGAGAAGUUAAAUGUCUCCUCUCUGUAAACAAAGCUCUACUGCUAACUCUAAAUUGUUUUCUUACUUAAGGAUAUUGACCAUCUACAAUUUCCUGACUAAUCUUUACAGCAAAGUGUUUUGUUGGUCUUAAUAAUCGGACACAUUUUUGUGCCUGUACCCUAAAGGGGUGUGUGUGGCAUUAAGAUGGCACCUCUCUUGUGUAUUGGAUAUGGAUUGAGUCUAAUGC